AUGAUUGUUAAAAUACUGAUAUCGUUUAUAUGCAUUACGGGCCUAGCAAAGAGUUCUAUAAUAGUGACAAACUCCGGGCCAGUUUUAGGUAAGCUUGUGAAGGAUGAUAACGGUGUGACGUAUUACGCAUAUCAAGGGAUACCGUACGCGGAAAGUCCAGAAGGAGAACUUCGUUUCAAGCCCCCUGUGCCUAAGAAAAAAUGGCUCUCAGUUCUUAAUGCCACCGAAAAAGGUCCAAUUUGUCCACAAGCAGAGGGACAUAUAACCAGAGAAGAAAUGAGCGAAGACUGUUUAAAGCUGAACAUAGUAGUGCCAGCAAAGAACGAAACUAAAUUGCGACCAGUAUUUUUCUACAUUCAUGGAGGUAGUUUCAAGUCUAAUACGGGGAAUAUCGAUAAAUAUCAACCACAAUGGAUUCUAGAAGAAGAUAUUAUCUAUGUGUCAAUAAAUUAUAGACUUGGGGCAUUAGGAUUUCUCCAGCUUAAUAUGAACGAAGGAUCAGAACAGAAAGAGGAUGCGGCUGGAAACGCUGGAAUAAAAGACGUAAUAUUGGCCUUAAAGUGGAUAAAAAAUAACAUAAAAAAGUUUGGUGGAAGUUCUAUUACAAUUGGUGGGCAAAGUUCUGGUGCUGCAAUGGUUCAUUAUUUAUUAUUGACGGAAAAAUCGUCGGGACUUUUCGAACGCGCUAUAUUGAAAAGCGGUAGCGCUACUAAUUUCCGGUUUUUCUCUGCAUAUCCUAAGCAACAUACAUUUGCCUUAGCAAAAGAACUGGGAUUCGCAACCGACAAUAUUAAAGUUCUAAUGCAGAAUUUAAUAAACGCUGAUGUAUUCGAUAUAAUUAAAGCGCAAGAAAAUCUUUAUAAAAAUAACAGAAGUAUCAUGAGACCCUUCGCACCAUUUUUACCGUGUAUUGAAAAGAAAUCAUCACAUGCAGUUUUGACAAAACAUCCUAAAAAUAUAAUUCAAUCGAGUAUACCUCAAAAUGUACCAAUACUCACUGGUAUUAAUUCACAAGAAGGCCUUUACAUGUGGCCAUCAGUAAUGGAAAAAACAGUUCAAGAACUAAAAGAUAAUUUUACUCUUUGCAUUCCAUAUGAUAUAGAGUACCCUAUCAGUUCAAGUAAUUAUAGAAGACUUGUAACAUCUAUCAGCCAUUUGUAUUUUGGAGGCCCAGACCUGAAUAAAUGGACACUAAACAAUUUUUUCGAUUUACUCUCGGAUACACAAUAUGCCAGUAGUGUAGAUUUAUGGCUACGAAUUCACACUUCAAAGACACUUAGCCAACCGGUAUUCUACUAUAAUUUGGAUUUCAAUGGAGGUCUUAAUUUUGCCAAAAUUAUUUAUAAUAUAACUCAUCCCGGAACAGCUCACGCAGAUGAUUUAGGAUAUAUGUUCAUAACUGAUGUUACUCGAUCCAAAAUUAAGGAUCUCGAUAUUAAGACUAGAAACACAUUAAAGAACACACUAACUUAUCUAACAAAUUUUAUAAAAUUUGGGUAAGUACAAAGGAUAUGCAUCCUCAACCGUUUUUAAAAUUAUUUUUUUGCUCGUAAAGCUGAUGUAAUUCCACCGGUUUUAAAUAUGUAAAGCGGGUCAUAAAAAACGCGUGUGUUACCAAAGCAAAUAGUUAAGUUAUAGUCCAUACAAAUUCCAUAACAGUAUUAUUUGCCAUUUCGCGCGCUGUUGCUAUUCAAAUUUCAAACUAAUCGCCGCGCGGCGCCAGUCAAUAGGCAGCGCUAGCGCGCUGUUAAAAUGGCGGGAAAGCAACAGUGUACAUUCACAGAUUAAGUUUAUUUUAAAUGUUUUUUUUCUGUUUCCUCGCAAAUGUGUUAAAAACGUCGUACGAUAUACGUGCGUAUUGGUUAUAACAUGCUCGGCUCAAUUACGCCCUCGCCUUCGUCUCGGGCUGAAAUUCCGCCUCGCAUCUUAUAACCAUCAUAACGCACUAAUAUCGUAAUAUACUAUUACGUCUAAUAGUUUUACCGAUCGUUACCAUUGUAAAAAGCCCUAAGCGGCACUUACGCCAGUAUACGUAGGACCCAUCGAUUUGUUUGCAUUGGAAAGGCUCCGAAACUAUUGGUCUAAUUAUAAAAUUCUUUCAUCUAGAUCUAGUGGAAGCUAUAUUAUAUACGGGGGACAUAUAGCUUAUGAUGAAGAUCAGUGUCUGGCUGUCACAUGCUGAGUGGCUGCCUUUUCAGUUUCAUAUUAAUAUUUUGUUUUUCUUGUAUCUUCCGUGGCGACCUUAGGUUCUUGACAGCACCACUAUACGCCACGUUCAUAAGAGUAGUUAAAUACAAUACAAUAAUGCGCUUACGCGUUCAAUGGUGAGCACGUGAAAAAUUUGUAUGGAGAUUUGUUGUUCUUGGUAGUUACCGCUAAGGGUGCUGUAUCGGAUUCCAUACUAAAAUCUUUAUGCGCUCGUUCACGAUCGAUCGUGAACGAGCGCAUAAAGAUUUUAGUAUGGAAUCCCACUUGUUUAUUAAACAUUUUAAUAUAUAUUACUCAUUAUCUUUAAUAUUCAUCAUAUUGUACAUAUUUUCAGGAGUCCAAAUGAAAAACUUUCUAAUGGCGGCGUGUCAUGGUGGCUUGAGGCUGGUCCUUUGAGGCAUCAUUUACUUCUAAAUGAUAAACCGAUGAGUAAACUUCAACCGCCGUUUAAAAUCAGAUUUGACUUUUGGGAUAAUGUAUAUAAACAGUACACCAGGUAUCUGAAGAAAGGCGGUGUGCGGGAACCUAGACUUCGGCCAAAUUUUGUCAUUUAAUUAAGUAUCUAUUUAGUUUCUUGUGAUUAAGUAAGCUCGGUGGCGUAGUGGAUAAACGGCGCGGCCUGCGAAUUUUGUUGUUAAGUGUCUAUCGCAAGGGUUGGUCACAGGAUGGAUGACCAAAGAAAUUAUUGUCUCGAGCUACUCCGUGCUUCGGAAGGCACGUUAAAUUGCUGAUCCCAGUUGCCCAUCCUCCUUAACAUUUAUAAGGAAGGCCUGAGCCUCUGCAGUGGGGACGUUAUAGGGCUGAUAAUGACGAUAAAGUAUUUAGGUUGUAACGGUGAAACGCAAUUUUGAGAAUGAAAAUGUAGGAUGAUAGUAUUCCAGUCCAGAAAACACCAUAUGUUAAGGAUUAAAAACAUUAUUUGGAACCUCAUUUAUUGCUUUUCAUUGUAUUGGUCUACCUCCAUUUACCUGCAACUAAGGUAUAGUAGCUUUCAAGUUCGUAAGGCUACGAUAGCGGCAAUGUAGACUUCUAUAUAUAUAUAUAUCAUAAUAAUUCUUUGAAUAAAGCAUUUAAAACAGGAACGUUUCUUACUUACUCUAAGACAGACACUACAAAAAUAAUUGUCA